GUACGUUGUGGAAUUUGUCAAAUCUAAGGAUAAAACACGCCCAGUUACUGCCGCUCUGAAUAAAUGGUACAGCAUUGACAGGGCGUUCUUGAGUAUAUGUGCUUUUGUUUAUAGAUCUAUAGCUAUUUUUGUCAAAACCUUAGACGGUUUGCGGCCCAUAACAGCAGCUAUUGCGACACAAUUUGAUACUGACCAACUGGGGCAACACUUAGACAUCAUCGGCUUCAAUAGGUACUAUGGCUGGUACACAUUACCUGGUCAUACAGAGAUCAUCAAGAGCCGGCUAGAAGAUGAAGCCACCAAAUGGCACACCAAACACAACAAGCCGGUUUUCAUGACGGAAUACGGUGCUGACACGUAUGCCGGUUUACAUAUGAAUCCUUCGUUUGUUUGGUCUGAAGAAUAUCAAGUAGAACUGUUGUCCGAACAUUUCAAAGCAUUCGACGUACUCCGAAGUAAAAACUUCUUCAUCGGUGAAAUGAUAUGGAAUUUUGCGGACUUCAAAACCGGUCAAU